GGAGGCCGGCUGCUGGGAGGGUAGAACGAGCCGGGUUGCACGCGCCACCUGCGGGGCUGGCUGGCUUUCUCUUUCCGCGGACCCAUCCCCGUCCCUCCCCCAAGUCCCCUGGAGGUCGGGAGCGCGCGGGUUAGCGCGCACACCCGCUCGCAUCCACACACACGCCAGAGCGCGCGAUCAUCACUGCUGCAGCCCCGGCCGGGCAGACAGAGCUGCUGCAGUUUCCCCAGGGUCGAGGGGGGAAAGCAGAGCCGUCUUGUCCCCGAGAGAGCCUGGUGCCCGCCGGCCCCCUGGGGUAUCAAGCCCAGCAGACUGCUCCCCUCCUUCGGCUGGAAUGCUUGCGGAUUCUUCUGAAACCUUCUAAGCCUGAGUCUGAGGAACCAGCUGGAGGAUGCCGUCUGAACACUGCCUCAGUAUUCAAGAAAUGCUGACUGGCCAGAGGCUGUGCCACUCGGAAUCUCACAAUGACACUGUCCUCGCAGCACUGAAUCAGCAAAGAAGUGAUGGCAUUCUCUGCGACGUGACCCUGAUCGCCGAGGAACAGAAAUUCCAUGCUCACAAGGCAGUCCUAGCGGCCUGCAGUGACUAUUUCCGGGCAAUGUUCAGUCUUUGUAUGGUGGAAAGUGGAGCAGAUGAAGUAAAUUUACGUGGUGUGACCAGCUUGGGCUUAAAGCAGGCUCUGGAGUUUGCAUACACAGGACAGAUUUUGUUGGAGCCAGGAGUGAUCCAGGAUGUGUUAGCAGCUGGCAGCCAUCUACAGCUGUUGGAACUUCUCAAUUUGUGUUCCCACUAUCUCAUCCAGGAACUAAAUAGCUUUAAUUACUUGGAUCUGUACAGACUUGCUGACCUCUUUCACCUCACUUUGUUGGAGAAGGCAGUGAUUGAUUUCCUAGUGAAGCAUCUCUCAGAGCUUCUGAAGAGCCGCCCAGAGGAUGUUCUCACGCUGCCCUACUGCCUGCUGCAGGAGGUGCUGAAGAGUGACCGCCUGACCUCCCUGAGUGAGGAGCAGAUCUGGCAGCUAGCUGUGAGGUGGCUGGAACACAACUGCCAUUACCAGCACAUGGACGAGCUCCUGCAGUACAUCCGCUUCGGCCUAAUGGAUGUGGAUACACUCCACACAGUUGCCCUAUCCCACCCCCUGGUCCAGGCAAGCGAGACGGCAACUGCCCUUGUCAACGAGGCCCUGGAAUACCACCAAAGCAUCUAUGCACAGCCUGUGUGGCAGACCCGCAGGACAAAACCGCGAUUCCAGUCAGAUACUCUCUAUAUUAUUGGUGGGAAAAAGCGUGAGGUCUGCAAAGUCAAGGAACUUCGGUACUUUAAUCCCGUGGACCAGGAGAAUGCUCUCAUCGCCGCCAUUGCCAACUGGAGUGAGCUGGCUCCCAUGCCGGUGGGAAGGAGCCAUCACUGUGUGGCAGUCAUGGGGGACUUCCUGUUUGUAGCAGGAGGGGAAGUGGAGCAUGCCAGUGGCCGGACAUGUGCCGUGAGGACUGCCUGUCGCUAUGACCCCCGCAGUAAUUCCUGGGCAGAGAUAGCACCCAUGAAAAACUGCCGGGAACAUUUUGUGCUGGGUGCCAUGGAUGAAUACCUCUAUGCAGUAGGGGGCAGAAAUGAACUGCGCCAAGUUCUACCUACAGUUGAGCGAUACUGCCCCAAGAAGAACAAGUGGACGUUUGUGCAGUCCUUUGACAGAUCCCUGUCAUGUCACGCUGGAUAUGUGGCUGAUGGUCUUCUUUGGAUAUCAGGUGGGGUGACCAACACAGCGCAGUAUCAGAACAGACUGAUGGCGUACGAGCCUAAGCAGAAUAAGUGGAUAAGUCGCAGCCCUAUGCUACAGAGAAGGGUCUACCAUUCCAUGGCUGCUGUCCAGAGGAAGCUUUACGUUCUUGGAGGCAAUGACCUAGAUUACAAUAAUGACCGAAUUCUUGUACGUCAUAUAGACUCUUACAACAUUGACACUGAUCAGUGGACACGCUGUAAUUUCAACUUGUUAACUGGCCAGAAUGAAUCUGGAGUCGCUGUCCAUAAUGGGAGAAUAUAUUUAGUUGGUGGAUAUUCAAUUUGGACAAAUGAGCCUCUGGCUUGUAUCCAGGUCUUGGAUGUAAGCAGAGAAGGCAAAGAGGAGGUGUUCUACGGACCUACACUUCCCUUUGCCUCGAACGGAGUAGCAGCGUGUUUCCUUCCCGCUCCGUAUUUCACGUGCCCUAACCUUCAGACCCUGCAAGUACCUCACCACAGGAUCGGCACGGUCUGAGAAGCCAGCGCUCCGUUAGAGCGCGUCACCAGGACACCGAGUGAGACCCUGACAUUCGGAUGCAGGGCGUGAACAUCCUCAGUGCUCGAUGCUUCCCUGUCUUGUCUUACAGGUCUAAAAUUGUGCUAAGUACUAGCAAAAAAAAAAAAAAUGAAUAAUUUUCUAAACC